UCAAUAGCGUCAACAUGUUACAGUUCUUAUUUUUAUGUGUUAUUUUAUCUGUGGGCCAGCAUCAUGUGGCUGCUGUCCUUGAUCCUGGCUACGAGUUCGUGCAAGAAGCGGAUGCAUGGCUGCGUCUCCACAUGGUGCCCGCUGUAUGGUCGGAUGCUCGACUUCGCUGUCAACUCGAAGGUGGUGUCCUCGCCUCUCCCUCGACCGAUGCUAUAACUCAAGCCAUGUUGAUCCAAAUGAUACGUCAUAAGGUGACGUCACGGAAUAUGUUCACAGGGAUACAUGCUCUCAACUUUGAUCUUGACUUUACUUUACUUAUGGUAAUGCCUUUAUCAAAGAUUAAUCUUGACUGGGCUCCAAACGAACCUAAUGAUGAUAAUGAAGAGGAGCAGAAAUGCGUAGUCCUCAACGGAGCCGGUCAAGUGGCUGAUGUCAGCUGCCACGUCAAACAUCCAUACUUCUGCAAAAAAGAAAGUGGCGUUAUGAACGCCACAUCUGAUUGCCCUACCACAGAUAAAGGGUACAAAUACGAGCCUCUCACCGGCAGCUGCUACAAGUUCCACCGUUUCGCCCAGCGCUGGAACCGCGCGGCCAGAGUCUGCCACGCUGAAGGAGGACAUCUGGCCAUCAUCAACAGCAAAAUUGAAGCUAAAGUACUUAAACAUAUCUUCGAGAAGAACCCUGUUGAAACUAUUGUCGAGGCAAAACAUGCUGACGUCGCCUUGAUUGGCGUUUGGAAAUGGGAGGAUGAUGAUGGCGAGUGGAGUACUAUACGUGGUGAAACGCUGGAAAAAGCCGGAUUCGCACAGUGGAGUGAACCGCUCGACCGUCAUUCAACCUACGGCGCCAUACAGCGCAGUGGCUUGCUGGACGCCGUUAGGAAGUAUGAUAGAGACCCGUUCAUCUGCGAAAUUAAGCUGUAAAUAACUUUAUCGGAAAACAAUUUUUUUUAUAUAUAUUUUUAAGGAGAAUCACAGUUCGAACUAGCCCCAACCUAAGACUAAGCAAACCGUUAACUAUGGGUACUAGUCGACAAUAAUAGUAGAACAUAGUUUAAUAUCCAUAAAUAAGGAACAAUCGCGAUAAACACACAAAUAAAAUAAAUGCCCUUACCGUGAUUCG